CUUGCAAAUAGUUAUCGAUAAAGAUUAAAUUCGUUAAUUUACACCUGAGGGCAUAAUUGGUCGUAAUAAAACUAAAAUAUAGUUUUACAUUAUGAAGAUUUCAAGAUAAAAAUAGUUAAAAGAAAUAAUAUGAUCCCACCCCUUGUGAUUUAAAUAGUAAUAAAAUAUAAUGGAAACUGUGAAUAAAGUACAUGUUGUUGUGAACCCAAACCACAUUUGUCGGAUAUGUUUACAAGAAAAUGUUGAAUUGUAUUCUAUUUACCAAGAAACGCAUAAAAGUGGUGUAAGUAUAGCGCAUAUAAUAUCCGAGUGUUCGCGAUUUCCAGUCAUAUCAACUGAUAACAUAUUACCACAACAAAUCUGUUCGUGCUGUAUGGGCAACGCACGGGAUGCUUAUGACUUUAAACAACGAGUGGAAAAUGCCUAUAUAUCAUUAAAAGGCCUAGAAAAUGAUGUAUUUCUAACUAUUAACAAAAAAGAACACCGAAAUAUUUCGUUCAGUGAACGAAGGGAUUAUGGUACACAGACUGAUAAGCUGAGCUUACAUCCAUGUGAAAUGUGCGAAAUGAAAUUUUUUGAUUUGAUGGAAUUGCGACAGCAUCGAAAACAAGUGCAUCACAAUAGUAAUUUGCAAUGUCGUAUAUGUGGUAUACGCUUCGAACGUAUUAGCCAAUUGCGAAGUCAUUUAGUUCACAAGCAUCCCAGUGUAGGUAUUGUAUUGGAUACACAAUGUACAAUAUGUCGAAAGCGUUUUUCACGCAGAGAACAUUUAAAUCGUCAUAUGCGUAAUGUCCACCACCAACCUGAAGAAGCUGCAAGUCCUAGGGUGUCGCUAAAGGAACCGGAAAUUGAGCUUUCAACUCAUAUAUCCCAAAAUAAUGAAGAAAAUGAAUUAAAAUAUAUGGAAACGAAAAGUUCGACAAUAGAUACACAGAAACCGGAAAUUUUCCUUAAGUCUGAGAAAAUGUUUAAUGCCAUCGAUAAAGAUAGCUUUGUGGGUUCUUCUCAUUUUCUUGAAUGUGGGCAAGACGUAGCAGAUGAAGUCGAGAGCGCUAUUAAUAUGGAUACCAACCCCAUUUCUAUUGAUGACGAAGAGCACAAUGGGGUGGAAUUUCCGGAAGAUAUAUUACCUCAAUUGAAAUUAGAGAGUGAAACUGAUAUCAAAGUGAAAUGUGAACUGGACGGAUCAGUGGAUGAUUUCGACAACAUGCGUAUGUCGCCCGAUUGGGAUCAAUGCAGUUCACCAGUAUCAAAUAUUGGCAUAAAGAAAGAAGCUGGAUUAAUAAAUGACCGAGAUAUAGAAAAUUCAAGUGUCGUGAGACGAAAGUCAAGCAAAACUGAAGACCGGGAAGAUGACGCUGCCGAACGACGCCGAAUCACAGAAGUUGUUGAUGAAUUUCUUGCACAAAAUUCUGCUGUGGAUCAAACUGCAAAUUCUGAAAAUAGAUGCACAAAGUGCCAGCGUACCUUUUCGCGUCAUUGUCAUCUACGUCGUCAUAUGUUAACCCACGUCGAGGAGAAAGCGCACGCAUGUAGCUUUUGUCCAAAGCGAUUUGCGCGAAGUGAUCACUUAAAGAAACAUAUUAUAAACUUGCAUCAAACGAAAGAAUUUAAAUGUGAUCAAUGUAAUAGCGCAUUCGCACGUUCUGUAGAUCUGACAAAGCAUAUAGAAACGCGUCAUGGUAGUGAUCCUCAGGCUCAUAAGGUUCACAAUUGUGAAUAUUGUGGGAAAAAGUUUACAAGUCGAACGUACCUUCGUAAACAUGUACUGAUGCAUACCGAUCGCGUAUUUGCUUGCAAAUUUUGUGAAGACACUUUUAAGGAACGCAAAGCUUUGCGUGAACAUGAGAAGGGUCAUCAUAGUGAUCGUCGAAAUUUUCUUUGUUCAGUAUGUGGUGAAAGUUUCGUACGCAAUGAUUAUCUGCGUGUACAUAUGCGGCGUCAUAAUGGUGAGAAACCAUACAAAUGUCAAUACUGUGGAAAGGGCUUUCCACGUGCCACCGAUGUUAAGAUACAUGAAAGAUAUCAUACGGGUACUAAACCUAACUUGUGUAAUCUAUGUGGCAAAGGAUUCCAUCGUGUUUACAAUCUUACCAUUCACAUGCGAACACAUACCGGAGAACGGCCUUUCAAAUGCGAGGAAUGUGGCCGUGGAUUUGCUCAAAGCAAUGAUUUAAAAGCUCAUAUUCGACGACACACAGGUGAGCGCUUCAAAUGUUCUGAAUGCGAUGCAGGAUUUCUGCAAAUGUAUGCACUACGGCAACAUGCACAUGCAGUUCAUGGUAUAUACAUGGAGCCUGCAACGGGUCGUUUACAGAGAUUCGCCCCUGGUGAAACGUCGGCACCAGUUGUGGGAUCAAUUGACACCAAUGAUAUGGUACAACCGCUAGGAGAUCAUAUAGAAAUAAUGCAACAACAGCAACACCAGCAAAUAGCGCAAGCAGAAAUGACAAGUAGUUCUGUUAUACCACCUGCGUCUUCUUCAGUGUAAGAUCAAAUUUUAGUUACCCACGAAGUCAGUUGAUGUGACAAGAAUUGUCGAUCUCAUGAAGGCUGGUUCUACCGUAAACAGAUCGACUCGCUGAACAGUCAUUUUAGCAAUUUCCUUACUGUAAAAGGAAGAAAAGAAAAGAAAAAAGAUUAUAAGAUAAUUACUGCUUUAAAUAUAAUUUUUAGUGCACGUGAGUUAAAAAGUGAGUUAGUUAUAAACAUUCUAACUUAUAUUUUAUUUCCAAUUUAAUUGUAGUGAUUAAACAAAUUUCUGACUACCUAAGUAUAUUGUAAAUAUAAAAUUCGUCAGUACAUUUUUAUAACGGCAGUUAUCUAUCAAUAUCACCAACUUGUGCACAGCCUUAACAUUAGAAGAAUAUCGCUACUACCACAGGGAAAAACUGAAACUUUCUCUCUUUGAAGACAAUUUCAAAAUAAAAGAUUGUUCACUGUCACAAAUACUGAACUGUUCAUAUUAAAAA